GGUGGCGGCGGAGGGGCCGUGCGGUGGGUCCGUACUAUCCUUUCCCAGUCUCGGUUCGACGACUCCAUUUUCCUCGGUGGGGGUUCAGUGCACGGUGGGAGCGGCGGCCUUCAAGCAGUCUUCUUCAGGUAGGCUGUAAGGAGCUACAGCAAUGUCUGAUUUUGUGGAAAGUGAAGCUGAGGAAUCAGAAGAAGAAUACAAUGAUGAAGGAGAAGUGGUGCCCAGAGUCACCAAGAAGUUUGUGGAAGAGGAAGAUGAUGAUGAGGAGGAAGAGGAAGAGAACCUAGAUGAUCAAGAUGAGCAAGGCAAUCUGAAAGGAUUUAUCAAUGAUGAUGAUGAUGAAGAUGAAGGGGAGGAGGAGGGCAGUGAUUCUGGAGAUUCAGAAGAUGAUGUUGGCCACAAGAAGAGAAAACGCACCUCUUUUGAUGACCGCCUGGAGGAUGAUGAUUUUGACCUCAUCGAGGAGAAUUUGGGUGUCAAACUUAAACGAGGACAAAAGUACCGACGUGUCAAAAAGAUGUCAGAUGAUGAAGAUGAUGAUGAAGAGGAGUAUGGCAAGGAGGAACAUGAAAAAGAGGCUAUUGCAGAGGAAAUCUUCCAGGAUGGGGAAGGGGAAGAAGGACAGGAGGCUGUGGAGGCCCCCAUGGCUCCUCCAGAGGAAGAGGAGGAAGAUGAUGAAGAGUCAGAUAUUGACGACUUCAUCGUGGAUGAUGAUGGGCAGCCUCUGAAGAAACCUAAGUGGCGGAAAAAACUUCCUGGAUACACAGAUGCAGCCUUGCAAGAAGCCCAGGAGAUCUUUGGUGUGGACUUUGACUAUGAUGAAUUUGAGAAAUACAAUGAAUAUGAUGAAGAACUAGAAGAAGAGUAUGAAUAUGAGGAUGAUGAGGCUGAGGGUGAAAUCCGAGUGCGCCCAAAGAAAACCACUAAGAAGCGUGUAAGCCGCAGGAGCAUCUUUGAGAUGUAUGAGCCCAGUGAGCUGGAAAGCAGCCAUCUCACAGAUCAGGACAAUGAAAUCAGAGCCACUGACCUUCCUGAAAGGUUCCAGCUCCGUUCCAUCCCAGUCAAGGGGGCUGAAGAUGAUGAACUAGAAGAAGAAGCUGACUGGAUCUACAGAAAUGCCUUUGCCACACCAACCAUUUCUUUACAGGAAAGCUGUGAUUACCUAGACCGGGGACAACCAAGCAGCAGUUUCAGUCGUAAAGGGCCUAGCACCAUUCAGAAGAUCAAGGAGGCCCUAGGCUUCAUGCGAAAUCAGCAUUUUGAGGUGCCUUUUAUUGCCUUCUACCGAAAAGAGUAUGUGGAACCUGAAUUACACAUCAAUGACCUAUGGAGGGUAUGGCAGUGGGAUGAAAAGUGGACUCAGCUGAGGAUCCGCAAAGAGAACCUAACACGGUUAUUUGAGAAGAUGCAGGCUUAUCAGUAUGAGCAAAUAUCUGCUGAUCCUGACAAACCUUUGGCUGAUGGCAUCCGGGCCCUGGACACGACAGACAUGGAGAGGCUCAAGGAUGUACAGUCAAUGGAUGAGCUGAAAGACGUCUACAACCAUUUCCUGCUGUACUAUGGUCGGGACAUCCCCAAGAUGCAAAAUGCUGCAAAGGCUAGCCGCAAGAAGCUGAAGCGUGUAAGGGAGGAGGGAGAUGAAGAAGGGGAAGGUGAGGAAGCAGAAGAUGAGGAACAGAGGGGGCCAGAGCUCAAGCAAGCCUCCCGUCGAGACAUGUAUACCAUCUGCCAGAGCGCGGGGCUAGUAUGCCGCCUUUCGGCCUGUAGCCGAAAGCUCUACAACUGGCUGAGGGUAGCACCCUACCGACCAGAUCAGCAAGUAGAGGAAGAUGAUGACUUUAUGGAUGAGAACCAAGGGAAGGGCAUUCGAGUCCUAGGCAUUGCUUUCUCCUCUGCCAGAGAUCACCCUGUAUUCUGUGCCCUGGUCAAUGGAGAAGGAGAAGUGACAGACUUCCUCCGGCUGCCCCAUUUUACCAAACGGCGAACUGCAUGGAGAGAGGAAGAGCGAGAAAAGAACCCUCUCCUCUAGAUCCUGAAGCAAAACAACACUCGACUUGAGAGCCGAACACAGCUGGUCACCAUGUGCCACAUGGGUCCCAAAGUCUUCAUGAAUUGUGCUGGCUUCCUCAAGAUUGACACAGCCUCCCUGGGGGACAGCACUGAUUCAUACAUUGAGGUCCUUGAUGGUUCCCGUGUUCACCCUGAGACCUAUGAAUGGGCCAGGAAGAUGGCAGUAGAUGCCCUGGAAUAUGAUGAAUCUGCUGAGGAUGCUAAUCCUGCAGGAGCCCUUGAAGAAAUCUUGGAAAACCCAGAACGACUCAAGGAUUUAGAUCUUGAUGCCUUUGCCGAAGAACUAGAGAGGCAGGGCUAUGGUGACAAACACAUCACUCUUUAUGACAUCCGAGCAGAGCUGAGUUGUCGGUAUAAGGAUCUCCGGACAACCUACCGCUCUCCUAAUACAGAAGAAAUCUUCAAUAUGUUAACCAAAGAAACACCAGAGACUUUCUAUAUUGGAAAGCUCAUCAUCUGCAAUGUCACUGGCAUUGCUCACAGGCGUCCACAGGGUGAGAGCUAUGACCAAGCCAUCCGCAACGAUGAGACAGGGCUGUGGCAAUGCCCCUUCUGCCAACAGGACAAUUUUCCUGAACUAAGUGAGGUCUGGAACCACUUUGAUAGUGGUUCGUGCCCUGGCCAAGCUAUUGGUGUCAAAACACGGCUGGACAAUGGUGUUACUGGCUUCAUCCCUACUAAAUUCCUCAGUGACAAAGUGGUAAAGCGACCAGAGGAACGAGUGAAGGUGGGAAUGACUGUUCACUGCCGUAUCAUGAAGAUUGACAUUGAGAAGUUCAGUGCAGACCUGACCUGCCGCACCUCAGACCUCAUGGACAGGAACAAUGAGUGGAAACUGCCCAAGGACACCUACUAUGACUUUGAUGCGGAAGCAGCAGACCACAAGCAGGAAGAGGACAUGAAGCGGAAGCAGCAGCGGACUACAUACAUUAAACGAGUGAUUGCACAUCCAUCCUUCCACAACAUCAAUUUCAAACAAGCAGAAAAAAUGAUGGAGACUAUGGACCAGGGGGAUGUCAUUAUCCGACCAAGCAGCAAGGGUGAGAACCACCUGACGGUGACUUGGAAAGUCAGUGACGGCAUCUACCAGCAUGUGGAUGUGCGAGAAGAAGGCAAGGAAAAUGCCUUCAGCCUGGGAGCCACUCUGUGGAUCAACAGUGAGGAAUUUGAAGACUUAGAUGAAAUUGUUGCCCGCUAUGUUCAGCCCAUGGCAUCCUUUGCUCGAGACCUCCUGAAUCACAAGUAUUAUCAAGACUGCAGUGGUGGGGACCGCAAGAAAUUAGAGGAGCUGCUCAUCAAAACUAAGAAGGAGAAGCCCACCUUCAUCCCUUAUUUCAUCUGUGCCUGCAAGGAACUGCCUGGAAAGUUCCUUCUGGGAUACCAGCCCCGGGGUAAACCCAGGAUAGAAUAUGUAACAGUAACUCCUGAAGGAUUCAGGUACCGGGGCCAGAUCUUCCCAACUGUGAAUGGGCUCUUCAGGUGGUUUAAAGAUCACUACCAGGACCCUGUACCAGGCAUCACUCCUAGUAGCAGCAGUAGGACACGGACCCCUGCCUCUAUCAAUGCUACUCCGGCCAAUAUCAACCUUGCAGAUCUGACACGAGCUGUGAAUGCCUUGCCCCAGAAUAUGACAUCGCAGAUGUUCAGUGCCAUUGCUGCUGUGACAGGCCAGGGACAGAACCCUAAUGCUACCCCAGCCCAGUGGGCCUCCAGCCAGUACGGCUAUGGUGGCAGUGGAGGCGGCAGCAGUGCUUAUCAUGUGUUCCCAACGCCAGCCCAGCAGCCAGUGGCCACACCACUAAUGACUCCCAGCUACUCCUACACAACCCCAAGCCAGCCCAUCACCACACCUCAAUACCACCAGCUCCAGGCCAGCACUACCCCACAGUCCGCCCAGGCUCAGCCCCAGCCUUCAUCGAGCUCCCGGCAACGGCAGCAGCAGCCAAAGUCCAACAGCCACGCAGCCAUCGAUUGGGGGAAAAUGGCAGAGCAGUGGCUUCAGGAAAAGGAAGCAGAACGGCGGAAACAGAAGCAGCGGCUGACACCUCGACCCUCCCCCAGCCCCAUGAUCGAAAGCACCCCCAUGUCCAUUGCUGGCGAUGCGACCCCACUCCUGGAUGAGAUGGAUCGGUAGGGGCCCUGCUCCUUGGACUCUGGUCACCUCUGAGGCUGAGAGGCCUGGCCAUCCACUGCCUCACUCUCUGUCCCUCCUUUUUUGUCCAUAAAUUGGCUUGAAGUGAUGUUCUCUUUGGUGGUCAGCCUAGAUGGAUAGCCUUGUGAACUUGAGUUCAGUGUAUAUCAACAGCAAUUCUCUACUGACCACCUGUUUUGGGACCAGGCUGGGAGGGAAAAGUGGCAGGGAGGAAGAGGAAGAUAAGAACAAGCAUGGAGCCAUGUGUAUUCUACUCCCGAUAAGCCAUUUUGAGCUUCUGCCCUCACCUGACUGGCUAUCAUGGGGCAUCAAGCUCAACUCAUAUGUCCCCCAGACCUUGGGGGGGAAAGGGAUGCUAUUUAUUCAAUUUGGGGCAGGAGGGAGAGGAGGGAAAGUAUUUCUGGUCCUGAUACCAACAUCUUGGUGGCUGUCAAAGGAUUGUGGGGGACAUGAGGGAGCAGUGCUGGUCUGCCAGCCCCUGACUGGCCAUCCUUACCCACCUGCUGCUGCCAUGCUUCCUGCCUGUCAUUUGAAUAAACAGUGUUUCUACAGA